CAUGAUCCGCGCACAGCACGGAGAGGCCGGGCUCUGACUGCGGUCCUGCAUCCUGCCGUCCCACCGCACCACAUGGAGACUGGAUAGAGCCUCAGUGAACUGGGAAUGACAAAAGAAAGAAGGUGGACCGUUUUCCUCUGUCGACUGGCUAUAUGAACGCGCUCAGCAUCAGCAGCUCCUGACAAAGCAAAGGCAAACAGAGAUGAGGGUGACGGGAAGUGCUACUGCUGCUGCUGGUCUGCGUCAAACCUCUCGCUCCUCCAGUAGAUAAUGCCCUCGGUGCCUCUGAAAGGACUUUUUGGGUGUAUGAUUUGCUUGCCGCAGGGGUCCAAAUCAGCAGGGACAGUGAUGGUCAGCCCUUCUCCAGCUUCUCUGUCACUCUCAGCAUCUGCAUUAUAAGGAGAAACUGGGGGAGUGCUUGUGAAGGAAUAUGCAGAGAUAAGAACAUUUGUUGUUGUUGUUGCAUAUAGAUCAGACAGAGCCACAAUUGGAUUACGGGGUGUUGUUGUUUAUCAACAUGAACUCGCUGUUUUUCUCCGACGCUCCGCCCGGGCCGGUCUGCAACGUCCCCGCCGGGUCGGGCGCGGUGACCAGCGCCCUGCGAAACGACCUGGGCUCCAACAUCCAUGUGCUGAAAACCCUCAACCUGCGCUUCCGCUGCUUCCUUGCCAAAGUCCACGAACUUGAGAGGAGAAACAAACUGCUGGAGACCCAGCUGCAGCAGGCGCUGCUGAAGACGCAGUACCGACACCUUUACGCCCGGGAAGUUGCGGUGCAGACGGACGGUCCCGACUCGCGGCUGCCGGGCACCAUCUGGAGUUUCACCCACGUCCGGAGGCAAGGGGAGCGCUUUGAGACCCUGCAUGGGCCCGGGGUGACGUGGACGCAUCCGGAUGGAGUUGGGGUCCAAAUAGACACCAUCACCCCAGAACUGAGGGCUCUGUAUAACGUGUUGGCCAAAGUCAAGCGGGAGAGGGACGAGUACAGGAGAAAAUGGGAGGAGGAGCUGUCCAAGCGAGAGCAGCUGGAGUCCAAGGUGGAAACCAUGCAGCAGAGCGCGCAGGAGUCCGCCGAGGUCCAGGAUGAGCUGAGCGAGAAAGUGGACAGACUAAAAGCCGAACUCGUGGUCUUCAAGAGUCUGAUGAGUGAUCAAAUGUCUGACCUGGACACUAAGAUCCAGGAGAAAGCCCGGCGGGUGGACAUGGACAUCUGCAGGCGUAUUGACAUCACGGCCAAACUGUGCGAUGUGGCUCAGCAACGCAACUCUGAGGACAUGUCAAAGAUGUUCAAUGUCAGCCCGGCCAGAUCGCUACCAGAAAGGGGUGCUGUGGCGUGCUGCAGGAGAAAAGAGCGUAAAGCCGUGUCUGAUGAGGAGAGCUCAGAGAUGGAUGCAGAACCCAGCCUUUCAGAGGAGGAGGUCCCCGGGUCGCUAAACAUCACGGACGAAAUGAAACGCAUGCUCAACCAGCUACAUUGUUCAGAUAACUCCUUUGUUGCCAGGCGCGAGACAUUUGAAAUUGACGACGACUGUGACAGUCUGACCUGGGAGGAAAACGAGGAGACUCUACUGCUGUGGGAGGACUUCACAAACUACAACGUGCCGUGCACCAUCACUGCAACACCGGGCGCAGCUGCCUGCAUCUCUGAAGGCAACGGUGAAGUCGCUGAUCCAGACUCCCAGGAUGGAAGUCUUGGCAGCCUCAUCGAUGAAACAGAGUCACUAUUUAAGACCAGAGAGCAGGAGUACCAGGAGACCAUCGGCCAGAUCGAGAUGGAAUUGGCCACAGCAAAGAGUGACAUGAAUCGACAUCUUCAUGAGUACAUGGAGAUGUGCAGCAUGAAGCGAGGUCUGGACGUGCAGAUGGAGACGUGUCGGCGGAUGAUUAAAGGCGGCAGGAACUCUCCUUCUUUCAGCUCCGGGGCCAGCAGCGACUCAGGGAACACAGACGAGAUCCAGGACGAGAUCUCGGACAAGGACGCAGAGGCUGAAGUCCCUGUUAGUUGAUGGCUGCAUAGCCGGGCUCUGUCCCAUCUCUUCCCAAACGUCCCUUGUCAUCACAGGGGUUAAAUGUGUAUAGAGCUCCACCCUGCUAGAGCGGUGGAAAAACCUAAAUCUUGGCCUGUUUGACCUGUUAAAGUUCUGAUGGUGGUGCUCACUGAUGCAGGUCCAGAACCGGUGCUUUUAUACUAUUUCUUUUGUUUAGGGAGAGGUGGGGGGUGUCUUUGCUUCACAAAGAGAAAGGGUGCAAAUAGAGUCCGAGCUGUGCUCUCUUCCUCACUGCUGCCUCGCUGGAUCCUUCUCCAGAGCUUCACAUCAUUUUAGGGGAGAGAAAAAUACAUUUGAAAUGUUUUGAACUGGCCUAGAAGUGUUUUGUACAAAUUCCCACCCUAUUAAUGUCCUUUUUUAAAAAGGAAUUUAAAAUAGUACAUAUUGUGCUCCUCCACGUAGUAUUCACAAAAAAUAUAAUUGCAAAUACAUUGAAUAUUUCAUUUAGAUUGACAAACAUCUCUUCGCCCAGUUGGAACACAGUUUUGUUUUUGUUUGCGGUCCAUUAAACUGUUUGGGGUUGAAGUGUCUUCUGCCAAGGAGACAAAAUAAGGAGUAGAAACAAAUGGUGUUGGGAGUUCUGGUGGUUUCUGAGGGAACUCUGCAGAAUUGCCAAAGUUGACAGAGGAAAGGAGCACAGUCUUUUGAUGCAUCAGUGCACUACUGAAGUUCUAUGCAAUUUAGCUGGCCUUAUUUUUGGACUGGCUUUCACUCUUCCUCGUUUCUCGUCAAACCAAUACGAUUAGCCUUUUAAGCAAAGCAGGUGUUUUCUAUGUAUCAUUUUGAGAGCUUUUUGUGUGUGUGCGUCUGUGUGUGUGUGUGUGUGUGUCUCUGUGUGUGUUUAAGCGUGAAAUAAUCUUAGUAUGGGACAUUUGUUUUUUUUAACGACAUCAAAAGUAAAAACUGGAACAGUGCCCCCUCAACAAGGGACUAUAAUCAUUAACGUCUGCCAGUCUCGCUACAGGCAGUGAUUGUUCUGUUUCUGAUGUACUCUAUUGAGGAAACAUUGUUCUCAUCAUGUGUAGAUCAACAUAUUAUUUUACAUGGCUAAAAUCCAACAGAAAUCAAAUUAAAGUUAUCAAAGCUAAACAAUGCCCUCCAAUGUAGGGGUAGUCCACCCCAACAUCGAAAAUACAUUUUUUUCUUUUACCUGUAGUGCUAUUUAUCAGCCCAGAUUGUUUUGGUGUGAGUUGCCAAGUGUUGGACAUAUCGGCCGUAGAGAUGUCUGCCUUCUCUCAAAUAUAUGCAAAUAGAUGGCACUCAGUUUGUCGUGCUUAAAAGCGCCAAAAAAUACCUUUCAAAAACUCAAAAGCAAUGUCUCUCUCCAGAAAUCAUGACCUUGUUACUUAAGAUAAGCCACAGACCUUACUGUGGGCAGUUUCAUGUAGGUACUAUUUUCUCUCUCCUGAACUACACCUGCAAACCUAACACCUGACAGUGUACAGAAGACAGACUCCUCUACGGCCAAUAUUUUCAACACUCGACAUCUCCCACCAAUCAAUCUAGACUGAUAAAUAGCUCCAAAGGGAAGAGGAAAAAUAUGUAUUUUUGAUUUUGUGGAGAACUGUCCCU